AAAGGACAAUCAUUACAUGCCACAAACAAAUUAAAACAAGUCACGCCACAACAAAUAUCACAUUUUUCAUUUUUCCUUCCUGAUAUAGUGAUAUGCAAUAAUAAUUCCAUCUCCAUUCUGUAAAAUCUCUGCAACAAUAAUGGGAGAUUCAGCUUGUCUCAUGCAUGGCUUCUCCUACACUGGUGCCCACAUUCCCAACCAAUCAUGGCAGGGGAACUCCAAGAGUUUUCUUAGUGAGUCAGUUUCAUUUGGAAGGUUUGUGAGUGAGCCCUUAUCAUGGGAUAAAUGGUCCACCUUUCCACACAAGAAAUAUGUGGAGGAGGCCGCGAGCUACGCGCAACCGGGAUCCGUGGCCGAGAAGAAGGCUUUCUUUGAGGCUCAUUACAAGAAAAUUGCUGCUCAAAAGGCUGCUGCUGAAGCUGAAGCUGCUGCCUUACUUGAGAAAGAAAAUAAAGGUAAUGCUGAGAGAGUUGUUGACAAUGCUGAUGAUGAUACUCAAACUAAUGUAUUAGUCACAGUGAAUGAGGACUUAGAAAAGAGGGUUUCAGUCAGCCUAUCUGAAAAUCUUGAUGCAGAUUCAGGUUUAGAGGGGAGUGGAACCCCACAAAUGGAAAGGCCUUUGUUGAAGGGGAGUUGUGUUGAUAGUGAGGAUACCUCGUCUGCAACCAGCAAGAAAAAGCACGGUUUAUCUUUGCUCAAGUCAUCAAUUAGGCGCAAGACGUGGAGAGUUCCAUCCACACCAGCUACACCUGGUAUCAAGAAAGAAAACCAUGUGAUCAGCCAAAGUGCUAAGAAAUCUAAUGUGGAAUCCACAGACAAGAAGAGGCCGUCUCACAAGUCUUCGCGCGGAUUAAUCAACUUGGUUCCGUUUGAUAAGGAGCCUGCUUCUGUAGCCAAGAAAGCUGCAAUUUCAACAACACCUAAAGAUUGCAGGACUCCAAUUAUGCAAGCUGCAAAAGAUGUGGCCAAGUAUCCUGCAGCAACACCUCGAUCAGACAACCGAAGGAUGAAAACACCAAUUGAUCCAUGUGAUAAUGGAAACAAAACUGCUGCUCCUAAAUGGCAAAUUUUGUCUAAUGUUUACACAAAGUCAUUGACUGCCUGUCGGAACAAAUUACAGUCACCAGCUUCGUCUACUCCGUUUAUGCUGAGAACAGAAGAAAGAGCUGCAAGGAGAAAACAGAAACUCGAGGAGAAAUUCAAUGCCAACGAGGAGCAAAAGGUACAGCUGCAGAAGACAUUAAAGGAGAAAGCAGGAAAUGAGAUUAGAAAACUGAGUUACAGCUUCUGCUUCAAAGCUCGGCCAUUGCCCGACUUUUACAAGGAAAGAGAAACUUCAGUACGUCUGAUGUACAAGACUCCAGCAACGCGGCGACCUCAGACAGCAGUACUAGGAAGAAACAGUUCAAAGAAGCAUGGCACUGUCUCAGUGCCAUGCCCGUCUCCGCCUCCAAAACCUUCCACCAAGAAUGGUACUUCAUCAAAAAAGAAGGCUGCUAACCCAAGCAAGUUUCUUACAACUUCAUUGCCGCAAAGGAUUACACAUGAGAAUAGAUCACCAAAUAUCCAGCAUUGAACACAUAUGUUCAUCAUUCUUCACCUUACAAGAUUCAUCUCUGUUGAGUUGGUUGGGGGAUUGUUAUAUAUACUAUAUGUGAAAUAUUAGAAUGUGAUUUCUAUUUUUUCCUUCUUUCA